AUGAAUAUUGAUGUGAAAAAAGCUACUAUUUCAAUAGUUGUUUUAGACGUAGCCAAUUGUAAGAAUAUUUAUCGGGAGCCUAAUGAUGACGAUAUUUUUAAUCGAUUUUUUAGAAAAAAAGAUCUCAAAAAAUUAUACAAGCUUUUUUUGGAGCAAGUUAUACCCCUCGCUAAGAAAAUUAUGGACAUCUCUCAUCACCCUAAUGACGAAAGAUUAUACAAUGAAUUAAAUGGUCAUUUUUUUGUCAUCACCGAUCCAUCUGUUCAAGAAAUAAUCGAUGGUGAUUAUGAGUUUUUUGUUGGUAGUAACGAUUUUAUUCCUGAAAGACAUUGUAUUCGUGGCCGCAUUCGGCAAACAUUUUUAUA